AUGGCCCCUUCAAUCACUAGUAGUGUUCUGAUCUCUGAGGCUCCAACUAGGCCACUGGAACUUGACCAGAAUGAAUAUUCAUUUCGCUACACUCUGACAGCCAAGUUGAAGAAUGCCCUUGAGAAAGCCGGUCGCGACUUUCGGUCCGACGUGGUGACUGUUCCUACGGAAGGAAUAAUGCAGGCCAUCAUAGAAGCCUCUGUUGGAGAUGAUAUCUAUGACCCAGAUGGUGAUGCUUCCGUUAACGCCCUUCAAAACAAACUCAUCGAGCUGAGCGGCAAAGAAGCGGCGCUAUGGACACUGUCUGGAACUAUGGGUAAUCAGAUAUGCCUACGAACCCAUCUCACCCAGCCGCCACAUACCGUACUCCUCGAUCAUCGAGCUCACGUUCAAUGCUGGGAGUCUGGUGCACUUCCUGUCUUCUCCCAGGCAGCGGUAACCCAAGUUCACCCCAAGAAUGGCGUUCACCUCACCCUGGAAGAUGUCAAGAUGAACAUGAUCGCGGAUGGAAAUAGUGAGUCACGAAAUCAAUCGAUGAGUCCCCAGUCACUAAGAAAAUUGGUAGUACACUUUCCACCAACUCGCGUAGUCUCCUUGGAAAAUACCCUCAGUGGCACUAUACUCCCCUUGGAAGAUGCACAGGAGAUAUCAGAGUUUGUUCACAGCUUCCCCGUUCCCGAUGACCAGAAGCCGAUCGCGAUGCACCUGGACGGGGCGCGACUCUUUGAUGCGGUAGCCGCGGAAGGAGUCGAUCUCAAAGAGUACUGCGCCUGCUUUGACUCGAUAAGCUUUUGCCUAGCAACAGGUGUUGGUGCCCCCAUGGGCAGCGUUAUCGUUGGAAACAAGCGGUUUAUUGAGAGGGCGAAAUGGUUUCGGAAGAUGUUUGGCGGAGGCACUCGUCAGCCCGGCAUGAUGGCUGCUGCUGCCUCUGCUGCCCUGGAUCACACACUUUCUCGACUACCUGCAGUGCAUGCAAUGACAGCAAGUGCAGCACAGGAGCUAGGGGUUUUAGGAUACAAGUUUGCACUGCCGGUACAGACAAACAUGAUCGUCCUUGAUCUCGAAGCCGUGGGGAUUCCUCCGGCUGCAUUUGUGACGUACUGCGAGGACAAUGGUGUUGCAGUCUUUCCAAAUGGAAGGCUGGUAUUCCAUCAUCAGACAUCCCAGGACGGGGCUGCGAGACUGCUCAAGGCUUUGGGACAGUUGAUUAGCGAUAAGGAGGCCGGUAUUCCUCUUGUAGAUCAUAAGGUAACUGGUGGAUAUACAUGA